UUGCAAUCCUGCGGAAAAAUGCGUAAACCCUUUAUAGCAGUGAUAUUCAUUGUUGUUAUUGUGAUGGCACAAUUAAUAGCCACAGUGCCAUUACGUAAAGUCCUACAAGCACAGCUGAAUCCGAAUUAUCUACGUGCAAUGGCGGCCUAUAAGAGAUUACAGUCGAAAGUGCCAAGUGAGGAUUUACGUGCCAUAACCAUUAUUGGAAUACUGAAUGGUGCACAGAAAACCGAAAAAGAAAUGGAAAAACAUUUGACUCUGGCACUCAAGGAUCUGCUUUCCACUCCUGAUAAGCAGAAUAAGGAUGUUAUAUUACCAAAGGUUGAAGAAAUUGAAAAACAGGUAGUACGUGAUCAGAGAGCGCUGAAAAUACUAAGUAGCGCCAUGGAUGUUACAAUUGGUAUGAAGGACAUUAAAGUUUUUAAAAUUGAAAUGCGACAGUCUGUGUUAGAAGUACCAAAAGGUGAUAAUAAUAAAACAAUUGAUGAAGAAAAGUCCAAAGAAAAGCAUAGUGUAGAAAAUAAGACAGAUAAUAAUGGAGACACGAAUGAGCUACCGAGAAGAAUUGCUGCAUUAAGACAACAAUUAGUGGAACAUGUUAAUUCAAUGAAAGAAAUAGUCGAUAAAAAAAUUGAAAAUACAUUAGAUUAUUUGAUUGAAGAAGCAGAUGAAGAUGGGCUCUUGGCAAAAGCCAGUAAUAAAAUAGUGCGUAAAAGACAUGCAGCUAAGAGUGAACGUGAUCGUGAAGUACCGGCUGAAGUAAGAAUGAUUGAAUCUCUUCUGACAAAAGAGAACUCCCAAGCAAACUCAAUUGAUAAAGGAAUUGAUAAAUCCAAGGAUGAUUUCGAUUUCGAUUCAUUUGAGGACACAUUUGAGUUAGAUGAAAAGAAAAAAGGUGUACAAAAGUCUGCCAAACAAGAAUUAUCAACGGAACCACCAGUACUAAUAGAACUACCAGAAGUGCCAGAACUGCCGGAGGUGCCAGAGCUUCCAACUGUAACAGACCUACCGCAAUUGCCAAGUGACUCAGAGGAGUCACCUGAAGUUGUAGUUAAUGGUGCGCCACCACCUGGUGGUGGUCUUGUGGGCCUUAUUGGUAGUUUAAGUGGAGGCGAAGGUGGUUCUGAUGUAGGUGCUUUGAUUGGUGCACUUACAGGAGUUAUUUCAACAUUAUUCGGGCCAGGUGGCUUGGAUGUUGAAUCCUUAAUUGGUACAGGCACAUCACUGAUAGCUGGUUUGUUAAGUGGUGAUAAAAAUUUUGGUACCGUGUUGGGCCAAUAUGUUGGUGUUGCAUUUGAUGGUUUAUCUGGCGGCGGUGGAGCUAUCAAUAAUGGACAAUUUAUAGGAAAUUUUUUAGGCACAGUUGUCGCUUCUUUAAGUGCAGAUCCUGAAACCGAUGAACCACCACCUAGACCAUUGUUAUUUGCACAAAAUCUUUUAAGCAGUUUCUUAGAGGCAAAAAAUCGCAAAGCUUCUGAUGAAGCUUCUGAAGAACGUAAGGAUCAUAAUGCUGCUCCAGCAAAACCUCCUGAGAAAGGUUCAGAUUCAGGUGCUUUCAUAAAACAUAUUGCAUCACAUGUUGUAAAUAAUUUAGUUGGACUAAUAUUAAAUGCCGCCUUGGGAGCGUCAGGUGGUGCUUCACAUGCAUCUGCAAAUUUAUUUGCUGGAAGUUCAGCUGCACACACACAUAAACCAGCCACUGGAGGUGGUAAGACGUGGUAG